CCUUCUUUUUUUUGUGUUUCGUGGGCAACAAAGUACCGAGCUUGGCAGUUACCAAGGGAAAGCCACCCUAUCUGAGAAUCUUCAUUUUGCUUCUUUUAAAACUUAUUUUUUUCCACUUUUUCCUCCUCAAACCUUUGCGCAACCAACCCGGAGUUUAACUGAACCCGAAUCAGCCGUGGUUCGGUGUUUGGACGGUGCUGGGACGCUUCGUGGAGGAGCAAGUUUUCCCCCUUUUAUUUUUAGCGUUCAGUCAGACGUUUUGUUGAGCUGUCGCGGUGGGGGAGAAAAAAAAAACCCGAACCAGGACUAAAACCGGCGAGUUGACGAGUCAGAAACACAGAGUAGAACCGCGGCCCGGCCGCCGCCGCUACCAGCGCAACGGGGAGUCGGGGCCCGAGAGGGAGCCUGCCAGGCCCUCGGCUUGAUGCACCCAGCCUGCCUUGCUGCCACAGCCACAGUCCGAGAUGGGGGAAACCAAAAUCAUCUACCACCUCGACGACCAGGAGACACCGUACCUCGUAAAGCUGGCCGUGCCCGCAGACAGAGUCACCCUCGCGGACUUCAAAAACGUCCUGAAGAAGCCAAACUACAAGUUCUUCUUCAAAUCCAUGGACGAUGACUUCGGAGUGGUGAAGGAAGAGAUCUCCGACGACAACGCCAAGCUGCCCUGCUUCAAUGGACGCGUGGUGUCAUGGCUGGUGUCGGGAGAUGGAGCUCACACAGACACGGGCUCGGUGGCCGACAGCUUAGAGCAGACGCCGGCUUUGGAGAGAACCGGUGGCAUCGGAGACUCAAGACCACCGUCCUACCAUGGGAAAGCAGCAAGCGGGCGGGACAGCCUGGACAAUGACACAGAAACCGGCUCCAUUGUGUCGCAAAGGAGGGACAGGGAGAGGGAGAGGGAGAGGCCGAGACGGAAGCACACAAACAACGAGCACGGUGGGCGGCAGAACGGAUAUUCAUCACGAGCGCUGGGACGCGGAGCCGCCGACUACGACAGCUGCUCAUCCUUCAUGAGCAGCGAGCUGGAGUCCACGUCCUGCUUUGAUUCAGAGGACGACGACGCCACCAGCAGGUUUAGCAGCUCCACCGAGCAGAGCUCGUCUAGGUUAAUGAGACGACACCGCCGUCGCCGACGGAAACCAAAGGCUUCCAAUAUGGACAGGUCUUCCUCGUUCAGCAGCAUCACAGAUUCUACCAUGUCUCUGAACAUCAUCACCGUAGUUCUUAACAUGGAGAAGUACAACUUCUUGGGCAUCAGUAUUGUGGGUCAGAGCAAUGAGAGAGGAGACGGUGGGAUCUACAUUGGCUCUAUUAUGAAAGGAGGAGCUGUGGCUGCAGAUGGACGCAUAGAGCCUGGGGACAUGCUCUUGCAGGUGAAUGACGUAAACUUUGAGAACAUGAGUAACGACGAUGCAGUCCGGGUGCUGAGGGACAUCGUGCACAAGCCAGGGCCCAUUACUCUGACUGUUGCCAAGUGCUGGGACCCAAACCCCCGAAGCUGUUUUGCUCUUCCCAGGAGCGAGCCCAUUCGGCCCAUUGACCCUGCUGCAUGGGUGUCACACACAGCCGCCAUGACCGGCGUUUACCCCCCGUAUGGCAUGAGCCCUUCUAUGAGCACGGUCACCUCCACCAGCUCCUCCAUCAGCAGCUCCAUUCCAGAGACUGAAAGAUUUGAUGACUUUCAUCUCUCGAUCCAUAGCGACAUGGCAACGGUUGCUAAGGCUAUGGCCUGUCCAGAGUCUGGUCUGGAGGUGCGGGACAGGAUGUGGCUCAAGAUAACAAUCGCCAACGCCUUUAUUGGGUCUGAUGUGGUGGACUGGCUCUUCCAUCAUGUAGAAGGGUUCUCAGAUCGUCGGGAAGCACGUAAAUACGCCAGCAACCUGCUGAAAGCCGGCUACAUACGGCACACUGUUAAUAAGAUAACCUUUUCUGAACAGUGCUACUAUGUCUUUGGGGACCUCUGUGGCAAUAUGGCCCACCUCUCCCUACAAGACCACGAUGGUUCCAGUGGGGGGGCCUCAGACCAGGACACAGUGCCACCUCUACCCCACCCAGGCGCUGCUCCCUGGCCAAUGCCUCUGCCUUAUCAGUUCCCCAUUCCGCAUCCGUAUGACCUGCCGCAGCCUUUCCACGGGGGGCCAGCAGCCGGCAGCGCUGGGAGCCAGCACAGCGGAAGCAGUGGCUCUAACUGCAGCAAGAACGAGGGCCGUAAAUCCGGCGGCAGUGGCAGCGAAUCCGAGAUCAGGAGCCACAGAGCUCCCAGCGAGCGCUCAGUGGCCCCCCCCAGUGAGCGCAGCAUCCGUAGCUCUGUCAGCCACCGCAGUGCCAACUCCCAUUCUAUAGCCUACGGGCCCGGUCUGGUCUACGGGCCCCCCGGGCUGCCCCCCCAGCCCGCGCAUCUGUCCACCGCUGCGCCCGGCGCUCCAAAGGGCAGGGAGCUGACGUCUGUGCCUCCCGAGCUGACGGCGUCGCGCCAGUCUCUGCGCAUGGCAGUGGGCAACGCCGGAGAGUUCUUUGUUGACGUGAUGUGACAAUGUGUUGGGAGUUUGUAAUAAAGUAGCAGGUUGGAUGUUCUCAUCGCCCUUUUGGGUGAGGAGGACAUCGUGACAUGUCAAAGGAGCCAGGCAAGAUUGCAAAAAAAGCUGUAUCUCAAGGUUUUGAUAACUUUUCCAGAAGCAGAAGACCAAUCCAGUUUUGCAUGCUGAUAAAAAAAAAAAAAAAAAAUAGAUGUCCUCAUCACUUGUGCUUUUCUCCCAAGUAGUAAUGCCCAUACUUUCUUCAGUGAAGAAACACCCUUGCUCAAGAUGGAACCAAAGUGUCUUUUUCAGGGGGAGGGGGUUGUUUGAGGAUCUGGUGGAAACAUUCAACCGGGAAGAUGACUCAGCUCAAAUCCACGCGGACGCUUUUCAUUUGUGCUGCUCUUUACUCUCCCCACCUCUGCUCUGCUUUCCUUAUCUCUUCUGUCCACUCCCACUGCUCUCCAUGUCAAAAAAACAAAACUAAGUUCAGCCCCCCCUCCCCUCUCCCCCGUUCUUUUAGUCUGCACUAUGACCUCUAACAAUGGGGGAAAAAAGCUGAAGAACACUAAACAUGAACUUUGAUUCAAAUGUUUUUGAAUAUUUGCUUGGCAUAACAGAGGAGGAAAGAAAUUAUACAUUUUGUAUGUAGAAUUGCAGUUUUUGUACUGUAAUAUGGCAUUUGUUUUAUUAUAUACUAGGGUUGUCACAAUACUACAUUUCAAACUCCGUACUAUUUGCUAUACAGUAGUGAUUUUUUUUUAAUGGCACGGUUUUAUUUCUGGUUUAGAGCAAAAAAAAUAUUAAAUUACUAAAUGCUUAACUUUAACAAAAAAACAAAAAGUAGGGGACAAUUCAACCCCCAUUUAGAAAAUUGACAAUUUAUGUGUGACUUCUUUAUUUUACCAAAGCAGUGGAUAAGUGAUAGAAUGUGUUACUCUCCUAUAUGGGAGUAUGUACCUUUGAUUAAGUCAUGCAGUUCUAAAUGGUGUCCAUUAUUGUAGCACUGUGGUCGGAAUAAGUGCAACUAUUUGGGCAAACGUGAAUGGGUCAGUUUAUAUCAGCUUUGCUGUUUUUUUUUUUAAGUAUUGAUAAUAUUGAGAGAUCAAUUAUUUUGACAACCCUACUAUAUACAUAGUUGGCCACAACUAGGUUCAUUUUUGAAGCCUAACAAGGAGCAUUGAACAUUAAGAGUCCUUUUUACACUACGAUGUUAGAUUUUAUCUGCUAACCAGAGAACUUUGAGUUUCAUGAUGAUGUAUAGUGGACAAUUUCUUACCAUGCCUUUCACACUACUCUUUUUAUCAAGGAGAAAUGUCUUUUUAUUUAUAAAUAUAGUUUUAUGAUAAAUGCA